AGAAGCAAGCAGCUUAGAGAGCUCACACACACACAGUUUUAGACAACAAGUUUUAAAAUAUUUUUCACCAAAUCAAUGCAAAAUUGUACUUGUGGUGCUGCCAGUGGCAUAUUUGAAAUGGAUUCCAACUAUAAUGUGAUUCUGCUGCCCAUCAUAACAGCCGUUAUGCUGAGCUACAAUCGUCCAGUGUCGCUGGACGAGAUCGCCGAUGGAGUUAUGGCAUUGCUCAGUUCGCAGCGUGAGAAGAUCAGUCCAAUGACAUCGAACAGCAUCGAGAGCGCAUCCGAUGCUUCGUAUGCAAAAAUCUCACCGGCACACCGCAAAAAGAAGUGAAUUGAUUGAUUAACAAACAUUUUUGGGUUUUCAUAUUCAAGAAUUUGUAAAUUUUUUUACACAUUUUUUUAAAAUGAAACCUUAUAACACAAUUGAACCGCA